AUGGCGAUCCGACAUCAAAACGGUCAGCCUUUCGGCGGAGGCAAAAACCGUCCUGCUUAUUCUCAAAAUGCCGGGUCUCUUCGACCAUCCACAAACGGCUCAGGACAAAGGCACAAUGGAUGGAACGGAAAUCAGAACUCCAAUCCGCGGCAUAAGAACCAAAACAACCGCAUGAACAAUUUCAUCCCCCAUCACAAUGUCAACUUCGAUGGUCGCUCACAAAACCACCCUCAACACAACAACUUCUAUCAAACCAAUGCCCACCACCGUCACAAUCAAAACCGGCGUUUCCAAAACCACCAAGGUGGUAACUUUACUCCUCCCCGCCAUGCUCAAAAUUUCCAAAAUCACACCAGUAGCGAGAACCUAGCUCCAUACCACAAUGGGUUCCAAGACCAUCUGCGCGUGCAAAACCACUCUCACUUUAUUCCCCGAGGUCCAAGAAACCCCAAAUGGCAAAACCGUCAAAACCAGGCAAGAACCAAGAAUCCAACCCUCGUCGAGCAAGCAGUUACUAAUCUCUUCGUACAGACAAAUCUCUACAACGCCGUCCACGACGUUGACAUGGUUGAUGCUUCAAAUCUUGAUACGGAUAUUGAAAUGCCCGACGCCCCUCCACUUGAAAGUUACUAUCCCGAAAAUCAGAUCAAUGACCCAGUAAGUCACUUCAAUCAAGCGGUCACCAACUAUACUAAUGCUGCCGGUCAUCACCAGGCCCUUCUCAUUGCUGAGGGUAUUGCUGCUGCGAACGCUAUGCUGUCUCGAAUUGAAUCUUUCAUCCGCACUGGCACGAUCAAUCAGCCAGUAUAA